AGAGUUCAGAAAUGAGAUGAUCACGAGUCUGAGCGCACGCGACAGAUGGCCCAAAGUAAAAUGAAAAAUUGUGAAAAUUUGAUCCACUAGAAAUUUGUGAGGAGAAGAAAGAAAAAAAUUUUCCGUAAGGGAUAACUCUUUCUUCCUAUUCUAGUUAAUUACAUUACAUCACCAUGGUUUUAGUUCAAGAUUUAUUACACCCAACUGCUGAAUCAGAAGCUCAUAGACAUAAGUUAAAAACUUUAGUACAAGGUCCAAGAUCUUAUUUUAUGGAUGUUAAAUGUCAAGGAUGUCUCACCAUUACUACUGUCUUUUCUCAUGCUCAAACUGCUGUCACCUGUGAUAACUGUUCAACUGUUUUAUGUACCCCAACUGGUGGUAAGGCCAAGUUAUCUGAAGGAUGUUCUUUCAGAAGAAAGUAAAUGGCUUGAUAGAUCGAUUGAUUGAUGAUUGAUUAAUUGAUGAUUGAUUGAUUAAUUCAUUGAUGUUAAUCCUUAAAUAGGCAUGGCUGGUGCCACUGUAAUUUUGAAAGGCGCACGCCCUGUCCAUUUUCCUUCACUUGACUUUAUAAGUGUGCAUCAUCAUCAUCAUCAUCAUCAUCAUCAACAACAUCAUUACAGUUUAACGCAUAUAAUUUAAUUCAUCACCAAUUCCUUCAAGAAUUGUAAUCUAAUGACACAGUAAAUACUCAGCAUGGUUCUUUUCAA